CGGGACCCGCAGGAAGUGGGAGGCGGGCGGCAAACCUCGCCAGCGCCGAGGCUCCGGCGGCGCGCCGGGGGGCGCCCUUCCCCGCCUGGGGGCGUCCUUCCCAGCGCGCGCCCGCCGGCCCCGCCCCCGCCCGCUGCUGGCCGCCUGGGGACACAGGCGCGCCGAGUGGUCCCAGUCGCCUGCUUCUGCUCUCUCGCAGCCCCGCGCUCCGCCGGCCAGAGCCGACCGGCUGCAGGAUCCCGCGCAAGUGAGGAGAGAAAAGUCGAGCCGAGUAGCCCGAGGCGGGGACAGCCUCCCGGAGCGGCGCAGCGCGGAGACUCGGGACAAUGGGGCCGCGGCGGCUGCUGCUCGUCGCCGCUGGCCUCAGUCUGUGCGGCCCACUGCUGUCUGCCCGCACCCGGGCCAGCAAGCCAGAGUUAAAAGCAACAAAUGGUACUGUGGACCCCCGGUCGUUUCUUCUGAGAAAUCUCAAUGAUAGAUACGAACCGCUCCCACUGGGCGAGGAGGAGGAGAAAAAUGGAAGUGUAUUAAUGGAAGCCAGAUCCGUCUCCACCAAUGAAAGCGGUCCUCCUCGGAAACCGCCCCCUGUGUUCAUCUCAGAGGAUGCCUCCAGAUAUCUGACCAGCCCCUGGCUCACGCUCUUUGUCCCCUCCGUCUACACGGGCGUGUUUGUAGUCAGCCUCCCGCUAAACAUCAUGGCUGUUGUUGUGUUCCUCUUGAAAAUGAAGGUCAAGAAGCCGGCUGUGGUGUACAUGCUGCACCUGGCCACAGCCGAUGUGCUGUUUGUGUCCCUGCUCCCCUUCAAGAUCAGCUAUUACUUUUCUGGCAGCAAUUGGCAGUUUGGGUCUGCAGCAUGUCGCCUCGUCACGGCAGCAUUCUACUGUAACAUGUACGCCUCCAUCAUGCUCAUGACAGUCAUCAGCAUUGACCGUUUCCUGGCUGUGGUGUACCCCAUCCAGUCCCUGUCCUGGCGCACUCUGGGGAGGGCGUAUGUCACGUGUCUGGCCAUCUGGGCUAUGGCCAUUGUGGGGGUGGUGCCUCUUCUGCUCAAGGAGCAAACGAGUCAGGUGCCGGGGCUCAACGUCACCACCUGUCACGAUGUGCUCAACGAAACCCUCCUCGAAGGCUAUUACGCCUAUUACUUCUCAGCCUUCUCUGCCGUCUUCUUCUUUGUGCCCUUGACCAUUUCCACAGUCUGUUAUGUGUCUAUCAUUCGCUGUCUCAGCUCCUCCACGGUUGCCAACCGCAGCAAGAAGUCCCGGGCUUUGUUCUUGUCAGCUGCUGUUUUCUGCAUCUUCAUCCUCUGCUUCGGGCCCACGAACGUCCUCCUGAUCAUACAUUACUCGUUCCUUUCUCGUGAUUCCUCUACAGAGGCUGCCUACUUCGCCUACCUCCUCUGCGUCUGUGUCAGCAGCAUCAGCUGUUGCCUUGAUCCCUUGAUUUACUAUUAUGCUUCCUCGGAGUGCCAGAGACACCUCUACAGCAUCCUGUGCUGCAAAGAGAGCUCCAGCGCCAGCAGCUACAACAGCAGUGGGCAGCUGAUGGCAAGUAAGAUGGACACCUGCUCCAGUAACCUGAAUAACAGCAUAUACAAAAAGCUGUUAACUUAGGAAAAGGGACCACUGGUCGGUGAAAGAGAAAAGGUUAGAAAAGUGCAUAACCUGAGGAUUCUAUUAGUACCUGCCAAAACUAUACUUGCUUCACCACCUAAAACAGCAGUGUAUGGUUUGUAGCCCUGCUUCUUAUGCCAGCCAUCAAGCAUGUAUUUUUGUUAGUCAUCAGAAAAGGCAACAAGGAUAGAAGACAAUGCUGUUCCAAGGGAAUAUUGCUGAUGCUCUGUUAAUAACUGAAUGUCACUUCUUGAUAUAUCUGGGUGACUUAUUAUAUACAUAUAUACCUAUGCACACACACGUAUUAUUCAGUGUGGUAUAGAAUAGGCACUUUGAAACCUCUUUUUUCCACUAGUGAUUAUGGUAAUGAUCUCCAGUUCUCUGAUUUUACAUGCAGUCUAGGUUGGUGAAGUUUAGCCCUGGACAUCCUAAGGUGUCCAUCAGUAGUGAGGGGUUUCAUGGAUGGGACUCAUACAGCUUUUGCAAAUAAGUGUAUUCUGAAAUUGUUUGACGGCAAUGUUUAAGUUAUUGAGGGAUAAGACUUAGUACAUGCUAUCUGUGUAUAGAAAAAAAGUGUUUUAAACAUAUCGAAGUUUGAAUUCUUUUUUUAGAACUUUUUUUUUUUUUUUGGAUUUUGGCCGGGGCUAGGUUUGAACCCGCCACCUCUGGCAUAUGGGACCGGCGCCCUACUCCUUGAGCCACAGGCGCCACCCGAAGUUUGAAUUCUUAAAAUUAUUGAAACUCUUUAAUCUUUAAUUGAAAGAUUAAAAACUCUCACUUUGAUAUGGGUAGCAAUUUUGAUGUUUUACACAGUGUGUCCGUAAACUGAGACUGAGCAUAAAUGCCACUAGUGACCCUCGGCUGGCGUUCAGAGUGGCCCACCCCAAGAGCUGCA